AUAUCGAUAGGCUAUAGGGCCCGAUAAAUUCGGACAAGUAAAAAAGAACAACAUAAAUUUCCACCCGCACCGGCGCUCAACAGUUUUGUUCUUAAUUAACCGCGAUGGGAGACAGUUCGGAUGAGGAAUACCUGGGCACGGACUGGCUGGCUUACAGCGAACGCUCCGACUGGAAGGAUGUGGAGCCGCUUGCCCAGGACGACGGUCCCAAUCCGGUGGUGUCCAUUGCUUACAGUCAAAAGUUUCGCGAGGUCUUUGACUACAUGAGGGCCAUAAUUGCGAGCGGGGAGAAGAGCCAACGUGCCUUGGACCUCACCACGGACGCACUGCGUCUGAAUCCGGCUAACUACACGGUCUGGCAAUACAGACGCGACGUCCUGCGCGAACUGAAGGCUGAUCUGUAUGAGGAACUGGACUAUCUGACCGAGGUGAUUGGCCAGAACUCGAAAAACUACCAGGUUUGGCACCACCGACGCGUCAUCGUCGAGAUUCUGAACGAUCCCAGCAAUGAGCUGGAGCUCACUGAGAACGCCCUGGUCAACGAAGGCGAUGCCAAGAACUACCACGCCUGGCAACAUCGCCAGUGGGCCAUUCGCAGCUUUAAUCUCUAUGACGACGAACUUGGCUUUGUGGAUCGUCUCAUUUGCGAGGAUCAGCGGAACAAUUCGGCCUGGAACCAGCGCUUCUUUGUGGUGAAGCAUUUAGGAUUCACGCCGGAACUGAUCCAGCGCGAACUGUCGUACACGAUGAACCGCAUUCGCAUCAUCAAGAACAACGAGAGUGCCUGGAACUAUUUGGUGGGCGUGAUGCGGCAGGGCGACAGUGGAAAUGCCCUGCUGAAUAGCUACCCGGAGGUAGUGGACUUCGUGGAGGAGCUCUACCAGGCCGGCAAUCGAUCGCCCUAUCUGCUGGCCUUCCUCAUCGAUCUGUACCAGGAGCAGGCGCUCCAACUGAAGGCCAGCGAUAGCGAUCAGCUCGCCCGCAAGGUGUACGGUCUGUGCGAGGACAUGGCCACCAAACACGAUGUGAUUCGUCGCAAGUACUGGCAGUAUGUGGCCAACCAUCUGAAGAACCAGCUAAGCACGGUCGAACAGAAGUAGCAGCAGUAGUCCAGGUUACAAAUCCAUUAUUGCUUAGUUUUAAGCCACAUACGAAGUACUUAGGCCUUCUUCUUUAUACAUAAAUAAAAUUUAAUUUACCGUCAAGUGAGCUGAGCGCCGAGCAUGUUGCAAAACCCCAGCCACAUACACAUCGCCAUUGCCACAUGCCCUGAUGGGCGGCUGUCUUCAUCUUUGCCGCAUCCGUCCGACUCUGUUUAUCUAAGUGAGCUGUUGUGUUUGCACACGUAAAUUUCAUUAACAAUGAGCAGAUAAUUUUAGCGCAGUGUGUGCGCCAGCUGAGUGAGCUCGUAAAUUAUGGAAACAAUUAAUAUUUUUAAUGCUGGGCUUUAGCAAGAGCUUCUGUUUUGUGUGCAAAUGAAUGUGGGAAGCAUCGUAAAUGCAUUAGAAAAUAUUUCUAGAGCAGAAAGUAUCUUUACCUUCAGCUAUCUGCGCUCAGUUGCCAUCGCAAUCGUUAUCUUUUUUUCGUCAGAGACGGGAAGAACCUUCAGUGUGCUGUCUCAAUAUUGUUAUUUAUUUAAAUUUGCUUCUUUUAGGUUUUUGUGUUUGUUUUUUUCUCAUUCGUUUUUUAGUUCGAGUACAUACAAUAUAGCAGUUGUAAUAUAUAACUUUUCAUUUAAUUUGAUUUUCUUGCAUACAUAUUGAGAUUCGGUUUUUGCAUUUUCGUAAGAGAAAACCUCCAAAGAUGACCCGGAUUCUCAUCCAAAAUCAUCCAAGGGGCAGUGGGAAUCGGGAGUUGGUAAUUUGGAAUCGGGUUGGGGGGUAUGUACUUAAAAUGAAGCAGAAGACAUCUUUGGCGUGUUUUUUAUUUCGUUUGUUUCUUUUUAGUUCAGCUAAAUAGGAGCAAAAUCAUUGAGUACUCGUUUGCGUAGUUUAAUAAAAUUUCGUAAUAGUAAAAUAUAUAUAUUUAUUUUGUAUUUUUGUUUGGUUUUCGCUUCGUUUCGUAUUCCCUUCUUUGGGUUUUUGGGUUUAUAUAUAUAUAAAUUUGAAAAAAGCCUAUAAAUCCAAAUAUGUUUGGUUGGUACGCGACCAUUUAAAAUCAAAGCACUUCGUUUGGGUCAUCGAAAGUAUUCAAUAUAGUUUGAAAAAUAUAUAUAUGUAGUAUUCUGAAACGGCUUCUUUAAGUAGAGGAAAUUGUGCAUAGCUCUGUUCCAUGGCCCAAGCGAGAGAUUUCCGUGUGUUUUUCGGUUUUCGGUUGAUUCGAGAUUAUUCGAGAUUAUCCUGUUCAGAGAUUUUGCGUGGCGAGCCAGUAGAGAGAAGUAGUUGGUGUGUGUUGCUUGUUUAGUUCGUUUAACAAUUUGAUAUAUAGAGUUAAUAUAUAUAAUAGUUUUAAUAAAUUGAUGCGCUCCUUAAUUUGCAUUCUCUGCUCGUUCUUGGAGCUCACUUUUGUAAAAGCAAUUUUAGCAAAAAAUUAAAAAUGUUCUCUCUUUGUCCUCGGUUCCCCAUUUAAAAUGUCUGACUUCAGCGCCCCACUUGAUCGUUUUAAUUCCCCUGGUUAAGGUUUAGUUCUCCUGUCAUUGAAUCCUAAUCAAUACCCAUAUAAAAUAAAUCCCUUGAUUAUUCUGGCCGAAAUACAUUCGCCGCAUUUGCCGAUCGACGCCGCCGCUGUUUUCUGUGUGAGGAAGCUUCAUAUACCAUCUAUAAAUAUACUCGUACAGUUUCUUGGUUUUCUCGUUAAUAUAAUUGUUUAAAAAAUCAACGCCACCUGAUGUGUGCCAUGUCCUGUCUGUCCUAAAGAGUCCUAAUGGGUGCUUACAGCUUUAAGCAUAAGUUCUGCGUGGGCGUAGCGCUCCGAUCGAUCUCUCAUCUCAUUCAUCUCAUAUCUCGCAUCUCGUAACCCUAACCCAACCUGGCCUACUUGUCCUCCCCGAUGCCCUCGUCGGUCGUGGUCUUGCGCUCCCUCGCCUCGUCGCCGCUGAUAUCACAUUUUUCAGCCAACAUAUCCUCGAUGCCCUCGUCCACCGUCUGGCUCUCGCCGGGCACAUGCUUGCGCCGCAGCUUGGUCACCACCACGCAGUCCCCCUGCGGCAGCGGCGGAAACUUUCCGUAGGACGUGUUGCCGAUGGUGCCCACGGUGCUGUCCUCGUAGCAAUCCGGUGUCAUCCGCACCCGGCACGUCUCGAAUGCCUUCUCGUAGCCCAGCUUUGUGUACAGACUGCGGGACGCAUCGUUACCAGGACGUAUCACCACGAAGGGCGUGUAGCCGCGCUCGAUCACCAGUUGGGUCAGCGACUUGGCCAGACGGAUUCCAUAGCUGUGCGAAAAUAAUUCAUUGUUUGAUCAGUAAAUGAGCGGUUUUCAGAAGGAAUCUGCAGCUAUACUCACCCCAUGCGCCUGAAGUCUGGACGUGUUUGCAUUGAGAACAUGGCACCGUAGUAUGAAUGGACCAUCCAGGCGGCUAGCUCUCCGGUUUCCUUGCGAAAGAUGCCCAGGCCCGGUAGCUUGCGGACGAGGAUGUCAAACAGCUGGACGCACUCGAUUUCAUUGGCAGGAUAUAGAUCAUGUAUGCCCUGCACGUUAUCCAGAUUGAGCAGACGCAUCUCGGCGUCAUCCGGCAGCGGCUCCAGCUCCAGGUCGGCGUUCAGCUUGUUGCACACGUAGAUAUCACCACUGAGUCGUUCCAUCACACCGAACUUCGAGUAGAAGUCAUCCAGGCGAUUCAUAAUGGCGAUGUGCGUAAAGUUCAGGUACAUAGGCUUCUGCCAAUCUAUAAGUACAUCUUCGGUGCGCAGCAUAUCGACAUGCUCGAUGUGUGCGGAUGGACAAAAUAUGCCUAGCGUUUGGUAUAUAUUGUUGUGCGGCUAAAAAUAUUAAUUAGUUUAUUAGUUAAACUUAGUCCUGUGGAUGGCCAAAGGAUCAAACUCACCGCAAGCGUGCAUCCUGGGAAAUGGAGAAUUAUCGGUUUGUCGGGCCAAUCUUUAGCAACAUAGAACUUAAAAUCCCAAAUACGAUCAUUCAGGUACGUUUUUAUGGUUUGAUGAAACUGCAAGUAUACAAAAAUCAAGUUUUAUUAAAAUACAUUCCAUUUAUCAACUGGAUUUCAUUAACCAAAUAUGAGUGAUGAAAAUCUUCUAUGUUUUAAUCAUAUUUUCAAAGGAAGCAUCUGACGAACUUAUCGUAUGAAAUGGUUCGUGCUUAAUAUUAAUAAUUUGAGAGCGCAAUUAAUGAAAUGAAAUUACCCUAGUUUACUACUUUAAGCACUCCCCAUAUUUUGCAAUUACAGAAGCAAUUUCCCAGUCUUGGGCAUCGCAUUCCCUUAGCUGGUUGCUAACCGCCCCGGAAAAAAAGCUGCCUCGCUGAAAAUCGAAACUUGAGGCAACUCCGGCGGUGGCCAAAUCCUUGAGUCCUUUGCCAAACCAUAGAUAUAGCCAGCAAAAGUACAAAAGCACGUGAUGUUCGGGGCGGAAUGGCAUUAAAAAUUGAACAAAAAUACAAGUGUAAACAGUGAAAACAGGUCAACAAACAAAAAAAAAAAGAAAUGCGAGACCAGUUUCGAGGGUUUGGGCUUGCAUGACUGGUGGUCUCGGUAACGCCUGCUGGCUACAGGAAAAACACCCUCCCUUUUUCCGCCCAACUGCAGGUAAUUGUUGGUAAAUUAUCUGAGAAUUGGGCGUGGCACCUGGGGAAUACAUAUCUUGGUGUCAAGUCGGGCGAGCAUGCAAAAGUUUCAGGGUGCCAAGUUAAGGAUGCAAAAGAGUGAUGACAUUUUCGAUACGCACCUUUAACGAUUCCGGCAGAUAGCGCUCUAAAGUUACCAAAAUUUCUGGAAGCUCUGAUUCAUGCACCAAACGAAAGUGUUUACCUUCAGGAAUGAUUUCCAUUU